GGCGCUGCCCCGGGCCGGCCGCGCUCCGGAAGCGGCGCGGGGGACGCGGAGCCGGCGCAGGCUAUUACAGAAUGACCUUGCAUUGAGCCUUUGCUGAGGAACCAAGAUUUAAACAUCAGUUCUUCAAUGUGCAUCCUUCUCUUCAAGUUUGACCCCCGCCCAGUUUCAAAAAAUGCAUACAGGCUUAUUCUAGCAGCUAACAGAGAUGAAUUUUACCACAGACCAUCCAAAUCAGCUGAGUUCUGGGACAGCAGCAAUGAGAUCCUCAGUGGUCUGGAUAUGGAGGAAGGAAAAGAAGGUGGGACGUGGCUGGGAAUCAGUAAGAAAGGCAAGAUGGCAGCCCUGACAAACUACAUGCAGCCAAAGAUUGAUAAAAAUGCAAAAGGAAGAGGUGCUCUUGUAACAAACUUCUUGACUGCAGAUCUGGACAGCUACUCUUACUUGAAGAAAGUUUCAGUAGAGGGACACCUUUACAAUGGAUUUAAUUUGUUAGCAGCUGACUUGAAUACCACCAAAGGAGAUGUAAUUUGCUACUAUGGAAACAAAGGAGAACCAGAACCCAUUUUCCUCAAUGCUGGAAUAUAUGGAUUGAGUAAUUCUUUGCUGGAUACACCAUGGAAGAAGCUCCAGUAUGGGAAGCAGCUUUUCACAGAAGUGGUGAAGAGAAGUCAAGACCUUACCAAAGAAGACUUGGUGAAGGAGCUUCUUACAGUGAUGAACAACCAAGAGCCUCAGUUACCAGACCCUGCCAUUGAAGCCCAGGGGAAGGAGUACAUCCGUCCCAUGCUGAACAAGUACGCAGCUGUGUGUGUUCGCUGCCCAGGUUAUGGAACAAGGACGAACACGGUGGUGCUCAUUGAUUCCCAGGGCCAGGUGACGUUCACCGAGCGCAACAUGAUCAACGCCGAUGUCAACCAGUGGGAAACAAGCACCUAUGAGUUCAAACUGCACAGUUAACAGCUUUCCACAUGGAUGGUUUGUAAUAACAGCUAGGAGAGAACAAGCCAUUAAGCUCCAGUAAAUGUUUUGUGCCGGCCUCCACAAGCUAAAAAUAGCGAGGAAAGCAAAAGUUUAAAUAAACUGGUGGCACACUCGGA